UUUUCAAUUAUUCCAGCUUUCGUGAUUAAAUAUACCGCGAAUUAGUCUACACCUUGCUGCGCUUCGCAUAAAAUGUCCAUUCACUGCAGUGAAAAUGCCACUUCCCAUGCGGUGGGACCCAGGAGCAGACGCGAGCUGUAUAGUUCAAAUAGAGCUUUCGAAGCUACCACAUCCCUCUCUUUUUUUUCAAGUUUUUUUUCUCUCCGUAUCGAACGUAUACAUUUUUUUUUUAAGAUGAAACUGCUCCUAUUCACCUCCUGUAGUUUAUUCGCACUCACGAAAUUCGCAGGUGCUAUCGAAGAGGAUUGUACAGACUUUCAAGGGAACACAAUUCCUCAUGGAUUAUACUAUGUACCUGGACCAGCAGUAUGCACUAUGUGUGUAUGUUAUCAUUCAGAACCAAUGUGGUGUAAAGCUAUCUACUGCGAUCCUCCCUAUUUUUGUAAAAAAUUUCGAGUUGGUAAAACUUGCUGUGAAUUUAUUUGUCUGGAGCCCCCAGGCGAUGAAGCUGCCAAGCAAUUGGAAAGAUACAGGCAAAACUUGCAGAUGAAUGCUCAGCAAAAAUGUAAAUUAUCUGCCUUGAUAUUCUCUUUCACGAUUAUACCGAUUUUACUCUCUUUAUAUAAAUAACUCGACCAUAUCAGAAAAAUAUGUACACCAAUAUUUUGAAUAUCCCAAAUGUGAUCGAUAAUUCUAAAAAAACUUUGUGUUCUAGCAGAGUAAUUUGCUUGAUUAUAAAAGCUCUGUUGUACAAAUUUCAAUUACAUAUCGCUUUCUGUUCAGAUCUACAAUAAUUAAAUUGAAUUUUCAAAAAAUCAGUUAAUGCAAAGAAGUUAUAUUUGUACAUAUUGAGCUUUGGCUUGAAGAAAUUGAGCUUAUAUUUUCUAUAAGAAAACUGAAUUUUGCCAUACAAGAGACUUUCAAGAUUGUGGUCAAUUUGAAAUUUAUUCUAUUAAAGUUUUUGAAUGUAAAUUUCUGUUUUAUUUCUGAAUAAAAGAAUAAUCACUUAAGUACAACUACAAUUCAAUAAAGGUAGGUAAUAAUCUGAUGAUGUAAUGAACUGAUUGACUAAAAUGAAAUCCUAUACAGCAGAUCGAUAUUACAAUGCAACAGUAAUUAAAAAAUAACAAAUGGACGGACAAUUAAGUCAUAUAACCUAACAUUUCACCUACAAGUGCGAUAAACAUCUCUAGAGGUAGAUUACUCCACAGUUCUCGUCCUGAUACUUAACUUCUUUCUAAAAAUAUAAAACUGCAGCCGUUAAGAAAAAUCAGUGGCUUCUUUAUCCUGACGAUAUUUUGACCAAUAGACACAUCUUGUUCUCGAAGAGAGAAAUUCUCUCAAACAUCAAGAGCUGGUUGGGGUGAAAGUCUAAUGAGAGUAUAAAAAUAUCGAGCAGUUCAAAGAAAUGCAGUGUCAAAUUACAGUCUACUAACGAGAAACCUCUGAAGAUGCUUACUGCAGUUGCAGUUGAAACCUGAGAUGAAUUAUCACGGUUAAAUGUUAAAAUUAAAAUCCGGAAGCAUUCAGCAUUACAAGUUUUCUUUUGAAAUGAAAACAUCAUCAGAUAUUCAUCGACAUGAAUCAUUUGAAUUAGUGGAGUAAAUGCUAUCGAGAAUACAAUUCCAUUAACAAGUACCUAAUUUAACUGGAGUCGAAGUGUUCCUAUGCAGAUGUCAUUUUUGUUCUUGAACAUGCACAACAGAAAUAUGAAUCAUUCUGGAAAAGCAUGCAAUUUAGACUACAAAUAUAAUUCAGCAUUCGAUUUGAAGAUUUGAG